UUGUCCCUCCAAUUGUACAUCGUUAGAAAAUACAAAUUAAAAUAGCAUACUCUAAAGAAAUGUUGAACUGAUCAGGAUUAUUUUAAAAAUAUGUUUGUGCACAAAAUGCAAAAUAUGAGAUUAGAAGAAUCUGUGACUAUGAGCAGGAAUGUAAACAGCAGUUCAGGGCGUCUCUAAGGAAGCCCAGCAGGGUCAGUCCCGCUGCUGCUGCAGGCUAACACCUAAUAAACCCCCUGCUCCUGACUGGUACCUUUCCAGAAUGAGUUCGGGUUUUUUAAGUGAAAGAAAGAUUCAAAUGUCAUCAGAGUUAAACUCCAUUUGAAUUGAAAAUGUUUCCUUGAAUAUUGAAGAAAUGAUUAUAAAAUGUUCGUGUCCUCCGCAGGUGUUUCAUGUGAAGCUGAUUGCGCGCGCAGGGCUUCGGCUCGGCGGAUGAGCAGAAACCUGCGCGAAGCUUCUGUCAUUUAAGCUCCGAGGAGCUUUUGGGUUUAAAGCGUUAAAGCAGCGGAAUGAUCCUCCAUCAGGAGCCGCUUCCUGCCGGGCUGGGCGCAGUCCGUUCCCUGCUCGGGUUUCAGAAAAAAAAAAAAAAAAACAGAUAAAUACGUGCGGGAGCUUUUACGCACGGUGCGUCUCCAUCAUGACGUCGCCAUGAGCUCCAGAUUGUAGAGAGGAGGAGGGGAGUGCUGAAUCGCUGCUCGUCGUCUCUGUGGAUGCGUUUGUGUAUCUUUAUUUGUGUGUGAGCGUGUGUGUGUGUGUGUGUGUGUGUGAGUGAGUGGAUUUUUUUCCCCUUCUUGUCAUCUCUUUGCAAUACUUGGAAAUAACCCGGACCAGCGCUGUUUACGCGCGGAGCUGCUCGCUCAUUUACUGCAAAGCCAUAAUAACAGAGCCAUGCAGAGCGCGAGGAGGAUGCACCUUUCUGCCCACUAAUCCGACUCACUGGGAGGACUGGUCUGGACUGGGAGCCAUCGAACCGACAAUCCAGAAAUGGCGCGGAUAUUGUUUCUGAUUAUCCUCUGCGCUCUCCCAGCGCUCGUUGUGCCCAUACAUAAUUCAUCAGCAGGAGGCUGUGCCAUCAUCCGGCCUCCGCGGGACGGAGGGAUCCGCUACCGAGGCCUGACGCAGGAGCAGAUCCGCAGCGUUCGGAUUCUGCCUGUGGAUUAUGAGAUCGAGUACAUCUGCAGAGAAAACCGGCAGAUCGCGGGGCCAAAGGUCAGGAAGUGUUUGCCCAACGGCACGUGGACGGACAUGACGCAGCUCAGCGUAUGCCUGCUGCAGUGCCCCAAGGUGUGGACGUCCCUGGAGAACGGCAGGGUGACGGCGCGGCCCCCGGGGCCCCCGGCGGAGGGGACGGUCCUCUACUACAGCUGCAACUCCGGCUUCACCCUGGAGGGCAGAAACAUCAGCCACUGCACCAAGCUGGGCAAAUGGGACGCCCCCAAACCCACCUGCCUCUAUGACAGAAACUACACAGGGAAGAAGAAGCUGUACAUCGGAGCGCUGUUCCCCAUGAGCGGCGGCUGGCCGGGCGGCCAGGCGUGCAUGCCGUCCGCUCAGAUGGCUCUGGACCUGGUGAACAACAGGAGCGACAUCCUGCCGGACUACGAGCUGGAGCUCAUCCACUACGACAGCAUGUGCGACCCGGGGGAGGCCACCAAGCUGCUGUACGACCUGCUCUACACCGAGCCCAUCAAGAUCGUCCUGAUGCCCGGCUGCAGCGGCGUCUCCACGCUGGUGGCCGAAGCCGCCCGCAUGUGGAACCUCAUUGUGCUGUCCUAUGGCUCCAGCUCUCCAGCGUUGUCCAACCGCCAGCGCUUCCCCACCUUCUUCCGCACCCACCCCUCUGCCACCCUCCAUAACCCCACCAGGGUGCGGCUCUUCAAGAAGUGGAACUGGUCACGCAUCGCCACCAUCCAGCAGACCACAGAAGUCUUCACCUCAACUCUGGAUGAUCUGGAGCAGAGGGUGAAGGAGGCAGGCAUCGAGAUCAGCGUUCGUCAGAGCUUCCUCACCGACCCGGCUGUCGCUGUCAAGAACCUCAAGCGCCAGGAUGCCAGGAUCAUUGUGGGGCUGUUUUAUGAAACCGAGGCCAGGAAGGUGUUCUGUGAGGUGUUCAAGGAGAAGCUGUACGGGAAGAAGCACGUCUGGUUCCUGAUUGGCUGGUACGCCGACAACUGGUUCAAGAUCAAAGACCCAGCCAUCAACUGCACAGUGGAGAACAUGACGGAGGCCGUGGAGGGACACGUUACCACGGAGAUCGUCAUGCUGAACCCCGAGACCGUCCGCGGCGUCUCCAACAUGACUUCACAGGAGUUUCUGGGAGCCUUAAUGUCUCGUCUUGGGGGGAAGAACCCCGAGGAGACGGGCGGCUUCCAGGAGGCGCCCCUCGCCUUCGACGCGGUGUGGGCCCUGGCACUGGCCCUCAACAAGACCGUGGCCCCCCUGAAGGCCAAGGGCCGACGGCUGGAGGACUUCAACUACAACAACCACGACAUCACCUCGGAGAUCUACAGAGCGCUCAACACCAGCUCCUUUGAAGGGGUUUCGGGUCACGUGGUGUUUGACGCUCAGGGUUCCAGGAUGGCCAUGACCCUCAUCGAACAGCUGCAAGGAGGAAGUUAUAAGAAGAUUGGUUACUAUGACAGCUCCCAGAUGAACCUGAGCUGGUUCAACAACGACGUCUGGAUCGGCGGGAAGCCUCCGGCGGACCGGACCGUGGUUCUGGAGGAGUACCGCCUCUUGUCUCAGAAGCUGUUUGCGUCGGUGUCGGUCUUUGCCGGCCUCGGCAUCCUGCUCGGCAUCGUCUGUCUGACCUUCAACAUCUACAACGGCAACGUGCGCUACAUCCAGAACUCUCAGCCCUACCUGAACAACAUGACAGCGGUGGGCUGCAUGAUGGCGCUGGCUGCAGUGUUCCCGCUGGGGAUUGAUCGGCACCACGUCAACAGACCGCAGUUCCCCGUCGUCUGCCAGUUCCGCCUGUGGCUGCUCGGCCUCGGCUUCAGCCUCGCUUAUGGCAGCAUGUUCACCAAGAUCUGGUGGGUCCACACCCUGUUCACCAAGAAGGACGAGAAGAAGGAGAAGAAGAAGCAACCCUUGGAGCCGUGGAAACUCUACGCAACAGUUGGAGUGCUGCUGGCCAUCGACUUCCUGUCACUCAUGAUCUGGCAGAUUGUGGAUCCUCUGCACAUCACGGUCGAGAAGUUCACCAGAGAGGCACCUAAAGAAGACCUGGACGUCCUGAUCCAGCCUCUGCUGGAGCACUGCAGCUCUGAGAAGAUGAACACGUGGCUCGGCGUGGUUUAUGGCUACAAAGGUCUGCUGCUGCUCCUGGGGAUUUUUCUGGCUUAUGAGACGAAGUCUGUCUCCACGGAGAAGAUCAAUGACCAUCGAGCCGUGGGGAUGGCCAUCUACAACGUAGCCGUGCUGUGCCUGAUCACGGCACCGGUGACGAUGAUCCUGUCUUCGCAGCAAGACGCCUCCUUCGCCUUCGCCUCGCUCGCCAUCGUCUUCUCUGCUUACAUCACUCUGGUGGUGCUCUUUGUACCGAAGAUGCGGCGCCUCAUCACCCGCGGCGAGUGGCAGUCAGAGCAGCAGGACACGCUGAAGACCGGAUCGUCCACCAACAACAACGACGAGGAGAAGUCCAGGCAGCUGGAGCGGGAGAACCGGGAGCUGCAGAAGAUCAUCCAGGAGAAAGAAGAGAGGGUGUCUGCACUUCGCAACCAGCUGGCCGAGCGUCAGGCAAUACGCAACCGCCGCCAACCCACCUCAGGCCAGAAUCAGAACCACAACGCCCCGCCGCCCGCUUCCCAGACCGACCCCAAGUCGCUGCUUCCCCCUCCAGGAUACCCCAACCCCGCCGCGGACAAUCACUCCCUGCCGCCAUCCUUCUCCAACUCGUCCAGCCUCUACCCGGCGGACAGCAAGAUGAGCCGCAACCACUGUCACAACAGCCAGAUCCCGCUGCUCUACAAGUAGGCGGUGAGGCGGGGGGAGGCCGGGGGGA